UCUAUCUGUCAACUACAUAACCAAUAUAUUACAAACAUCCAGUAACUUUUCAACUAUAAAAUCAAUAUGCCACGUUUGGAAGAUUGGGAAAUUAAAAAGUAUUGGGAGAUCUUCCAAGGAUUAAAUCCCGAAAGUGGGAAACUCACUGGAGAAAGAGUAUCACCAGUGUUGAAAAACUCCCGUUUAAGUGAUGAACAAUUGGGUAGAAUUUGGCAAUUGUCGGACAUUGAUUCGGAUGGGAAGUUGGACUUUGAAGAGUUUUGCAUCACCAUGAGAUUGAUCUUUGAUUUGGUUAACGGUAAUCAGCAAACUUUGCCACAGGAGCUUCCAUCCUGGUUGAUUCCAGCUUCAAAGGCACAUUUAAUCCAGGCUAACAGGGCGGUUGCCACGGGGAACAAUAACUACAAGUCCAACUAUGACAAAGUCACCGAUGAUGACGAUGAAGAUGAGGCAUUGUCUGAUGACUUUGAUUGGUACAUUUCACCAACUGAUAGAUCUACUUACGAAUCAAUUUAUAAUUCCAACUCCGAUACAUUGGGUAGAGUACGUUUUGACUCGCUCAACUCAUUAUACAGCACCCUUACCAAGGUUCCCCGUGCUGAUAUUUCAUCUGCUUGGAAUCUUGUGAAUCCUAAAUCUUUUGAAACUAUCGAUAAAGACCAAGUAUUAGUAUUUUUACAUAUAUUGAACCAAAGAGAAAAUGGUAAAAGAGUCCCAAGAGGAGUGCCGGCUUCGCUCCGUGCUACCUUUUCCAAGGAACAACCCUCUUAUGAUUUGAGCCAAUCUGCAGCUCAACCUCAAAAGACAUAUCAAAACCCAUCUGCAAACAACAAAAAGGCAUUUGGUGAUAGUUAUUUGAGUAAAAUUGGAAUGAAUCAUAAUUCUGUUACUGGAAAUGAUAAUUCUGGUACUGACUUCUCCUCCACGAAAGAUAAGGACUGGGAAGAAGUUAGAUUAAGAAGAGAGUUGACUAACUUGGAAGAUUUACUAUCCAAAGCACAAAGUACAAAGGCUUCAGACUCUGUAGAUGAAGAACUGGCCCUUAUAAAGCACGAACUUGAGCUAUUAUUAAGAUAUAAGGAAGAAAAAUUAAGAGCUCUGACUAGCACUUCAGGUCAAAAGGAUUUGGGAGAUGUCAAAAAUGACAUAGAUGAAAUUGAAACACAAGUAAACACUUUAGAAGAGUUUUUGAAAGACAAAAAGAGUGAGCUUGCCACUAUUCAACAAGAGCUUGCUCUGUUGAAGGCAUAGAGUUAUGAGAAAAAUGCACCCUCCCCCAAUAAAUUUUUUUAAGAAAUACAGUGAAUAUUAAUAUUGUAGAGUAAUAAUGACAACCAAUUUAUCUUACAUAGAAGUUUUAGAAUAAUAAAACUGCUAAUUCUACUGUACCUGUACUACAUGUCUUUCUGUUCUAUGUCAUUUAUGUGUAUAGAAUGAUUUCCGAGUAUGCAAUGGGCGAGUGAUCUAUGA